AUGUCGCUGUUCCUGUUGCAUCUGAUGCUUCUGAUGCUGAUGAUGCUGAUGACUAAUAUGGGUUGCUUCUUCCUUGCCAAGUCAGAGCGCCAACAAUCUGCAUCAACGAACAAGCUGCUGAAGUUCUGGGCUGCUGAUGGAGCCAGAGAUCUGCACCAAGCUCAAGUCUUGCGGUCUGGCGAGAAAGAACGACUCAUCCUGACCCUGAGAUGA